CCAAAGGCCAGAGAAGACUCCAGGAGAAUAUCUUGAAACAGACUAGGACUAAGAACUUUGCUAUGAAGGAUUACUCUGAAAUGUUCCCUCGCUGGGAUGGUGAGCUGGAAGAUGAGAAGGCUGAUAACAUAGUGAAGGCAAUGUUUUCUUCAGGCUGGGCGUGGGAACAAAGUCACUGGCCUCUUGUCGGAACAAAACUGUGGACAAAUGUGAAGGUGGAGAUCCAUCCGAUGAAGACAGAAGCUGGUCAGAUGAUGCGAAGCUUGAAGACAGUGUCCCCUUCUCGCACAGAGUCUGAUGCAGAAUCACGCAAAAAGGCUCGUGAGUCCCCUGGCCUGGAUGUGGAGACCAUGAAAGGAGAAAUAGUUCGUUGGCUAACUGGCCUGACUUCUAAUAUGGUUGAGGGGCUGAGCAGAUGCGAGAACACUCUGAAGACACAAUCCCACAUGAUUGAGGGCCUUACAACUCAAGUGGGAGCUGUUGAGAAGAUGGUGCGUGAAGGUUGGAAAGAAGACCACACCAAAGCUGGUUCAUCUACUGAUGUACCUGAGGCAAACAAAUCUGAUGGAGACAAAGCUAAGAAGGACAGCGCUGAAGGAAGCAAAGGUGAUGAAAGCAAAGGUGAUGAAAGCAAAGGUGAGGAAAGCAGAGCCGAGGAAAGCAGAGCCGAGGAAAGCAAAGCUGCGGAAACAGCUCCCAAAGGAAUGACAACAAGAGCCAAAGCUAGAGACACCCAAGCCACUGUGAGUGAGAGUGAAAAUGAGAAUGGAGGCAUAAGUGUGGUUGUAGUAGAUAAAGAACAAUCACACAUUGAUUAUGGUUCUGUGAAAAAACUGAAACAAGUUGGUAAACUGAGAGCUGCUCGCAUUGUGGCCCGUGCUAAGAGUGAGCGGCAACGUAGGCUUGCUGCAACUCAGCAGUCUCCUUUUGAUGGAAACAGCACGGCAAAGGUUAUUAUACCUAACCAGCCGAAGCAAGGCCAGGGAUAUAACCCAUUUGCUAAUCCUGAUCGCCAAAAGCUCUCUGCUCUUCUUGAUUGGGUGAAACUUGACCCCAAAUGGCGACAGAAGGUCAAAGGUUCAUCAAGUGAUUGGUUCUACAUACUACUAACUCCAACAAAAUGGUUGAUUGACACGCACAUGGAUGCUGGCAUUAAUCUUUUAAGGCUCCGAUACACAAAGCACCCUGAAUGGUUUAGGUCGGACAGAAUUUGCAUGUUGGAUGCUGUAUUUACUCAAAUGUGGACAGCAAAGUACUCAGAGUUUCUGGCCUCUCCUGCCAAUCCUGACGGCUCAGGUAAACUACUCCCUCCUGGCGCCUUAGACUACUACACAGGCGAGGAACCAGCGUAUAGCAGAUCAAAUAAGACAUGGGCACUGGAGAUUGAUGAUAUAUAUGCGCCAUUAUUGGUCAAGAACGAUCAUUGGGUAGCUUGCUGGAUAUCAAUCCCGAGGAGACGCAUAGUCAUUUGGGAUAGUGAUCUUGCUUACGCUACGGAUGCAGAAAUUGCUAAGGCCGUGAAGCCUAUUGCACACAUGCUGCCGUACAUGCUGCGUAUGUUAUCUACCGGUGCGGAGAGGGAGUUGUACACGGUUGAUUUCACACAUGAGCGUGAAUCUGGGGUGCCACAAAACAAACAAAGUGGUGACUGUGGAGUGUAUUGCUUGAAGUAUAUAGAAUGUCAUGCACUUGGCAUGCCAUUCCCACCUCAUGAGCUGUGUGAUAAGAAGAUCAAGACAAUCAGGUCUCAGAUGGCGAGUGAGAUAUUUGAUGAGACCAGGAUAAACGGCACAGAGAAACGUGAUUACAAGCAUCUCGGUGUCUAUGACUAAGGUUAAUCCACUUCUUUGGGUAGAAUUGAGGGAAAGUAUGAAGUUUUUUGGUGACUUUCCUCAUCGGAUAUAUGUAGGUUGAUGUAGUAGUCUUUUGUACCAGACUAUUGUAUUGUGCUGUGAGUAACAUGCUGAUGUAGCACACUUUUGUUUGUAACAAACUUAUGUAAUUUGCUUGCAGCAGACUUAAGUAUUAGUCUUCUUUUACAGAAGACUUUUACAGAAGUCUGCUACUCGACUACUAUCUAGACAUCAUCUUUUUAUCAGUAUAUUAGUCUUUCUUAGCUCAUAUUCGAUCAAAAAUACAAAUUCGAGACAACUCAGAGACUUAGUCUUCUUUUCAAAAAGACUACAAAAGAAGUCUGCGGUAAGUAAAAGAAGACUAUAAAAGAAGUCUGCGUUCUGUAAAAGAAGACUACAAAAGAAGUCUGCGUUCUGUAACAGAAGACUAACACAUUAAGACAUAAGACAUGAGACAACAUCCAAAGCAAUAAGACAACUGAUAAGCUUCACACAUCACAUAAGACAUAAGACAACAUCCAAAGCAAUAAGACAACUGA